GCCAGGUGGAUAUAGGCGCAGCGGUGUUUUAGUUUACGUCACCGGAGAAGCGGAGAGUGCGUGCGCGAUUCUCUUCUUGCGACGGAAGUAAAAACUGCGCGAGGGCGACAAGGACCGCAGGACGAGAUGGCCGACGGGGAGGACGCCGCCACCGCGCGCCGCCGCGCCGCCAUCGCCGACUACCGCAAGAAGAUGCUCAACUGCAGGGAGCUCGAGUCGCGCGUCAGCACCGUGAGGGAAAGCCUAAAAAAUGCUAAGAGGGACUUCACAAAGACUGAAGAUGACUUGAAGUCUCUGCAAAGUGUGGGACAAAUUAUUGGAGAGGUUCUGCGCCCUCUUGAUAAUGAACGUUUUAUUGUUAAGGCUAGCAGUGGUCCACGAUACGUUGUUGGUUGCCGAAGUAAAGUGGACAAGGAGAAGUUAACUUCUGGAACACGUGUUGUACUUGACAUGACGACCUUGACAAUCAUGCGCACUCUGCCACGGGAGGUGGACCCUGUGGUGUAUAACAUGCUGCAUGAGGACCCGGGAAAUGUCAGUUACUCUGCCGUAGGCGGGUUGUCUGAUCAGAUUAGGGAACUCAGGGAGUCCAUUGAGUUGCCUCUUAUGAACCCUGAACUCUUUCUUCGAGUGGGAAUCAAGCCUCCUAAGGGCGUUCUACUAUACGGUCCUCCAGGAACUGGGAAGACACUACUGGCGAGGGCUAUCGCUAGUAACAUUGAUGCCAACUUUUUGAAGAUUGUGUCAAGUGCUAUAAUUGACAAGUACAUUGGAGAAAGUGCUCGUUUGAUUAGGGAAAUGUUUGGCUACGCGCGUGAGCACCAACCAUGUAUUAUCUUCAUGGAUGAAAUUGAUGCCAUUGGUGGCCGAAGAUUUAGUGAGGGAACUAGUGCUGAUCGUGAGAUCCAGCGGACAUUGAUGGAGCUCCUUAACCAGUUAGAUGGAUUUGAUGAGCUUGGGAAGGUAAAGAUGAUCAUGGCAACUAACCGACCUGAUGUUCUUGACCCGGCACUCCUGCGUCCUGGACGCCUAGACAGGAAGAUUGAGAUUCCACUACCCAACGAGCAAGGAAGAAUGGAAGUCCUGAAAAUUCAUGCAGCUGGUAUCGCCAAGCAUGGGGAAAUUGAUUAUGAAGCCGUCGUGAAAUUAGCUGAAGGUUUCAACGGGGCUGAUCUCCGGAAUGUCUGUACUGAAGCUGGUAUGGCUGCAAUUCGUGCAGAGAGGGACUAUGUAGUUCAUGAAGACUUCAUGAAGGCUGUGAGGAAGCUAAAUGAUGCAAAGAAGCUGGAAUCCAGUGCGCACUACAGCACAGACUUUGGCAAAGAGUAAUGUGCAAUGCUGAUGCAACAAUCGAUGUUGCCACAAUGCAUGUCGUAUACCAUCGAGGAGCUCAGCUGUUGUGAUGCAAAAACAAUAGACAAAUCAGAUAAUUAUGUUCAGGCUUCCUAGGCCACCACUCCAGUCCUCACCAUUGCCUGAAGUGCACGAUCACUGUUGUCAAGCUGACCACUGGGAGAAACCAUUCGAGACAUUGCUAAUUUUGCACCAGCUCUCGUACUUCUGUGAUGAUGAGUUACCGUUGGACAGCUUACGUGCGUCAUUAGUCUGGUAACUCCGGUUCGGGCUGUUCCAUUUCCAUGUACUUUUGACAGUUUGAUUGCCUGCUCAGUAACAGAAAAAUGGAUAUUUGUGUUCAUCUUUA